GUGUGUGUGGGAGAGGGAGAGAAAGAGAGAGAGAGAGGUUCAGUCUUGUUUAAAUGGGAAUCCAUAGGAGGUACACAGAGAAAAAAGGGACGCAGAUUGAGAAAUCAGGAGAGAGAGAAUAAUACGGCACAAAAGUAGAACCAGGUUUAUUUUACGCACAGGAAAACCGGAGAACGACUUAAGGAAAAGAAAGAAGGAAAAAAAAGAAGAAGAAAACACCGGAAUUCUUCCAUUAAUGUGUUUUUUCUCCUAAUUUGUCCCCGUUUUCUCUCAUGACUCAAAGAGGAUUCCGGCUAAAUCCAGCAGGUCGAGAGGAAUUGAUGGUGUCUUUUCAGAGAAGCAGAGCCGAGGGGAUGAAUCUGAAUGCGCUCGGCUGAACCAUGCCAGCUCUGUGGAUCAUAACUUUGGCCAUCACUUUGAACCAAGUGUGGUGCGUCCGCUUCUCGCAGGAGCCGUCGGACCAGUCGGUGGUGCUGGGAGAGCGCGUGGUGUUGUCCUGCGUGGUCUUCAACUACAGUGGCAUUGUCCAGUGGACCAAGGACGGCCUGGCCCUCGGCAUCGGCGAGGGUCUGCGAGCGUGGCCCAGGUACCGUGUGCUGCGGGCUCUGGACAUCGGCCAGUACAACUUGGAGAUCUCCCAUUCUGAGCUGUCUGAUGACUCUCUGUACGAGUGUCAGGCCACAGAGGCUGCUCUGCGCUCCAGGAGGGCCAAACUCAAUGUACUCAUUCCCCCUGAGGACCCAGUGGUGGACGGAUCCCCGGAGCUGCUGCUCAUGGCCGGGACUGCGUUCAACCUGACCUGUGUGACCCGCGGGGCAAAGCCCGCAGCACAUAUCCAGUGGACCAAGGAUGGAGUCCCUUUAGAGGGAGCCCACCAGUCCACGGAGGUUCUGCCGGACCGUAAAAGGGUGACGACCAGGAGUUACCUGCCUAUCACGCCAGUCGACACCGACAGUGGAAGCAACUUCACCUGCGUGGCGAGCAACCCGGCAGUGCCCAUGGGCAAACGAACCUCUCUCUACCUUAAUGUCCACCAUCCUCCGACAGUGACCCUGUCCAUCGAGCCUCGCUCUGUUCUGGAGGGUGAGAGAGUCACCUUCACCUGCCAGGCCACAGCCAAUCCUCCCAUCAUGGGCUACAGAUGGGCUAAAGGUGGCGUGCUGCUGGAGGGAGCCAGGGAGAGUGUGUUUGUCACCACGGCAGAUCACUCCUUCUUCACUGAGCCCGUGUCGUGUCAGGUGUUCAAUGCCGUGGGAAGCACCAACGUCAGCAUCCUGGUGGAUGUGCACUUCGGUCCAAUUCUGGUGGUGGAGCCCAGGCCGGUCACAGUGGACGUAGACUCUGAUGUCACUCUUAACUGCAAGUGGUCUGGAAACCCUCCUCUCACCCUCACCUGGACAAAAAAGGGCUCCAGCAUGGUGCUCAGCAACAACAACCAGCUGUAUCUGAAGUCAGUGAGCCAGGCUGAUGCAGGUCAAUAUGUCUGCAAGGCCAUCGUGCCGCGGAUUGGAGUGGGAGAGACCGAGGUCAUGCUCACCGUCAACGGUCCCCCCAUCAUCUCCAGUGAUUCGGUCCAGUAUGCCGUCAGAGGCGAGAGAGGGGAGAUCAAGUGUUACAUCGCCAGCACCCCCCCACCAGAUAAGAUUGUCUGGGCGUGGAAGGAGAAUGUGUGGGAGAAGGAGAAGGGCACGCUCAUGGAGAGGUACACCGUGGAGCAGAGUAAACCUCCAUCCCAGGGUGGCGCUGUUCUCUCCACACUCACAAUCAACAACGUCAUGGAGUCUGACUUCCACUCACCGUACAACUGCACCGCCUGGAACUCCUUUGGACCUGGAACCAUGAUCAUCACGCUGGAGGAGAAAGAUAUUGUUCCAGUGGGAAUUAUCGCUGGUGGAACCGUGGGCUCCUCCAUCCUGCUGCUAAUGUUUCUACUGGCAGGCGCCUUCUUCUUCUACCGCCAACGCAAAGGCAGUCGCCGCGGUGUCACGCUCGGUAAACCAGACAUCAAGGUGGAGACGGUCAACAAAGAGACCCACAGCCUGGAGGAGGAGGCGACCAACGUCUCUACGGCAACCCGAAUGGUCAAGGCCAUGUACUCUUUUCUGCCCUCUGUUUCCCUCUCUCCCUCCACUCAGCCAUUCAAAGACGACAUGGACCUGAAGCAGGACGUCAGGAGCGAGAGCGACACGCGGGAGGAGUAUGAGCUCAAGGAUCCAACUAACGGCUACUACAACGUCCGCGCCACCACCCACGACGAGGCGCGCCCCCAGUCCCGUGCCAUCCAUUACCAAGGGGAGUUCCGUUCCCCGAACCCCAACAGUGGACCCACCGGUGCCACAUCUAGUGGACCUUCAGCUGUUCCCAGUGGUGCAGUUCCCCCCGGCGGAGUGCCAGGCUCGAGGACUGGCUGCUAUGACCCACGCCCGCCUUCCAGGAUGUCUCACGCCACUUACGCCCAAUUCAACACCUUCACGCGUGUGCCACAGAGCCAGCAAUCGCCCAGUCUCCCGCCUCCCAAUCCACCUCUUCAGUCACCGGGAGAUUACGCAGGAGACUGCGGUCUGCUGGACAACACGACCCAGCUAGCUUAUGACAACUAUGGAUACCCUUCCCAGUAUCCGAGCUACCGUAUGGGCUUUGCGCCGCCCAUUGAGGAAGGGCCAGCCUAUGAGAUGUAUCCAACAGGACAAGGGACCGGACCAGGACCAGGGCCAGGGCCAGGACCAGGGCCAGGACCAGGGCCAGGGCCGAGUCAACAGAGUCCUGAAACAGGGCUGGGGAAAUACGGAAGCUCCACCCGCUUCUCGUACUCGUCUCCACCGUCUGACUAUUCCCAAAGACACACGCAGCGGAUGCAGACUCACGUGUGAGAACAUACUUACACACAUUUUAAGCUUGCUUUUUAUUUUUAUUUCUUUUAUUUCAGCAGUACUUAUAACACAACGAAACUUUUAGACUUUUCAAAAAAAAAGAAGAAAGAAAAGCCAUGUUUAUAAACAUUCAAACAUUUGUUUUCUGUAUCCACGGCGACCAGUGCAUGGAAUUUGGUUUCUUAACUAAUAAAACCCACAGCAGUCAGCAGCAUUACAGCACAUACACCAUAGGUAGCAGCCAACACAUGCAGAGCGACAUUUCCCUGCGUGUUUGCGCGCAGUGUUUACGCAUGGACAAAAGCAACAGCGGGCCACAAUCAAGAGGAGGGGGAUGAAGAGUGGAGCGAGCACUUUGAGGACAGGAGGAAGUAAAAGAAGAAGAAGAAGAAGAAGAAGAGAAGUGUGGGAAAAAAAUUUUUUUUUUUUGCUCUUCAUCCUUUUUCAAUCCCAUCUCUGUAAAUAUGUGCAGAAAAGUUAUUUCCUUGUACAAACCUAUACAGUGUGAUGCAGUACAGCAAACCUUCCUGUAGACCACAAUUUCAUGCAUUUUCUGCGUGCAGACUACACACUCAAACACACACACACACACACACACAGCGACAGAUUAUUUGUUUCUACAUAUUGCAGCAACGUGGCAGCUUGGACUUCAACUACAUCUGGCACUUUGUGAUCCUCUUUCCUCACUCAAUCCUACCCAGUGGCCAUGUUUUAUUUUCUACAAGAUCUACCUUGAUUUAAGUGGGACAACGCUUCCUAAGUGGUGGUCCACUGAGUGGCCGGAGUGCCAACGCUUGUGCCACACAAACGCAAAAAAAAAACAUUUUAGUCUCCUUUGGAAAAGUGUACGACCAGACGCUCAGACGGAUAACGAGGUUUUGCAGAAAUGCCACGUCAGAAAAAGAUUGAGGAUUGGUAGCAAUGAGCAUCUCUGCAAACCUCUGCUCCACCUCAACUCUCAUUUUUAUCAUCCUGUCACAUUUCACUCCAGGUCAAAGCUGUAAAUGUCCGUUUAAGAAAAAAAAAAAAACACUGUGGCAGGAGUCUGGGUUUCUUUGCCA